CCCGACUACAACAACGAGCUCACCCAGUUCCUGCCGCGCACCAUCGUCCUCAAGAAGCCGCCUGGGGCGCAGCUGGGCUUCAACAUCCGGGGAGGAAAAGCCUCGCAGCUGGGGAUCUUCAUCUCUAAGGUGAUCCCCGACUCAGACGCGCACAGAGCUGGGCUGCAGGAAGGGGACCAGGUGCUCUCGGUGAACGAUGUGGAUUUCCAGGACAUUGAGCACAGCAAGGCUGUGGAGAUCCUGAAGACGGCUCGUGAAAUCACCAUGCGCGUGCGUUACUUCCCCUACAACUACCAGAGACAGAAGGAAAGAACUGUUCACUAG